AUGCCGAAGAAAAAACGGAAAAAAUGCUAUCAGAAUUCUGGUCUACUUACCGUAAAAUUAUAUUUUGCUCAAUCGAAAUUUUCAUUUCUUGAUUAUAUAUUUGGUGGUCUAAGUAUAAAUGUAGUUGUGGCUGUCGAUAUGUCAACUCAUGCUUCAAUGAAUUCAAUAACAAAUACACCCAGUCAACAAAUAGAAUUAUCUCAAUCUCAUACAGAAUAUGAAGUUGCUAUACAAGCUGUAAUGGAAAUACUUCAAGAAUAUGACAGUGAUCAACUAUUUCCUGCUUUUGGAUUCGGUGCAAAGGUUUCAUCAGGUGGUAAAUUAUCUCAUAGAUAUCCAUUAAAUGGGGAUGUAAACAAUUGUUAUUGUAAAGGUAUGGCAGGAGUACUUUCAGCUUAUAGGCGUUGUUUAACUGAUUUAUAUUCAUCUGGUCCAAUAUUAUUUGCACCAAUCAUUCGAGAAGUUAGCGAAGCAGCUAAACGAAGUGAAGCAGCUGAUAACUAUUAUGUUCUAUUAAUAUUAACUAAUGGUACUGUAGAUGAUUGGAUUGAAACUAAAAAAUCUGUAAUUGAAACUUCAUUUCUUCCCAUAUCUAUCAUUGUACUCGGUGUUGGUGGUGGAAAAUUUUCAGAAAUGGAAAUUUUGGAUCAAGAUUUUGGCUUACUGAAAGUUGGUCAAGAACAAGCUUGUAGAGAUAAUGUACAAUUUGUACAAAUGCGACGAUUUUUACGAUUAGCGGCUGACGGAUCAGAUAGUAUUCGUUGGAGUAAAGUAGCAUUAGCUAAAGAGGUAUUAGCUGAAUUACCUUCACAAAUUUUAGAAUAUUUAGACAAAAAUCAUCUUAGUCCACAACAUCUUGUACCUAGACAAGCAGAAAAACUUAGUGAUUUAACAAAUCCUGAUUGGUGGCGACGAUUUACUCAACCAUUAUGUGAAAAUCAAAUGAAUCCAAUAAGUAAUUUAUCUGAAGAUGAAAAUGAUGCUUUUCAACGUUUACAAUUAAUGGAUAAAAAUAAUCCAUCAACAAUAUUAUCAAAUUCACCAAUUAGUUCAACAUCAUCUGAUCAAUAUUAUUGUAAAUCUGGUCAAAUAUUUAAUUUAUCUGAUAAUAAUGAUAAUAAUAAUUCUACAUUAAAUGAAAUGAAAAGUUAUUCUAUGAAUCAAUCAUCCCCUAAAAAAUCUAUUAUACCAUUGUAUCGUCAAAUGUCAUUAGGUACAACAAAAUUAACAGAGAAUUAUCCAAUUAAAACACGUUUUCGACGUUUACCAAGUGGUGCAGAUACUAAUCGAAUUUCAUCAGCUCGAUCAAAUAUUAAUAAUACUACUGGUAAUAGUUCAAAAUAA